AUGGUUCUAGGUUCGGUGCCGCAGAUGAUUGUGGGGCCGGAAGCGCCCAUAUCGCUUAUUGUGGGUCAGGCAGUGGAACCGUUGCUUCACCACUCGAAAAAGAAACACAUCGGACCUGUGGACUAUGUGGUUGCCAUCACAUUUGUGAGUGGGGCCACAUUGUUAGGCUUUGGUUUGGGCAGAUUUGGCUUUUUGGACAAUGUGCUCUGUGAGUCCUUACUUAAAGGCUUCAUAUGUGGUGUAGGCGUGGUGAUGAUUAUUAAUUCCAGCAUCACCAUGCUCGGCUUGAAUCUGCUACUCGACAAAAUCUCCGCUGAAGACUCGCACAUCCACUCUCCUUUCGACAAGAUGAAGUUCUUGUUCAAGAAUUUCCACGAGUACCACUCUCUAACGCUUCGCGUGAGUAUGGUGUCGUUGAUAACGGUCCUCUUUGUUAGACGGUUGAAGUCUAAAGCAGCGCUGUCUAAAAACCCAAAACUCCGUUUGGCUGUUUAUGUCCCUGAAAUUUUGUUGCUUGUUAUUACUACAACCUUGAUGACAGAAUUCUUCAAAUGGAAUCACUCAGGCUUAGAGGUAAUCGGGCACAUGGAUGACAUAGAAGAUUCUUUUACCAUGUACAACCCAUUGUCGACAUCUCGGCUAGGUCUAAUCAAAAGCCUUAGCACUUCUGGAUUUGUUUGCGCAAUGUUGGGUUUUUUCGAAUCCACAACGGCUCUGAAGUCUCUUGGUUCUAGGUACGAUUUGCCCAUUUCAUCCAACCGUGAGCUCGUUGCAUUAGGCGCUAUCAAUGUUUUUGGGAGUGUUUUUGGGUGCUUACCUGCCUUUGGAGGAUACGGCAGAUCAAAAAUCAAUGCAUUAUCAGCUAAAACCACAACUUCCGGUGCAAUAAUGGGUCUUAUCUCUUUGGCCACAGCCAGUUCAAUCUUGGGGUACUUGCACUACAUUCCAAAGUGUAUAUUGAGUGUCAUCACAGCAAUAAUUGGGAUUCUGUUGAUCAGUGAAACACCAGCAGAGUUGCUUUUCCACUGGAGGGGCCAAGGUUUUGAUGAGCUCAUUACGUUUGCAAUAACAGUUACAACUACAGUAUUCUCUUCGAUGGAAGCGGGAAUCGCUAUGGGUCUUGUCUAUCUGUUGAUCAGAGUGAUCAAGAAUUCCACCGUUUCACAUAUUCAGAUUUUGGGGCGAGUGCCGGGAACAAAUACUUUCUUGGACGCAGAUUUGGCAGACUGUGUCAGCGUUAGCAAUGAACAAAGCUCAUCACAGACGCCCACAAGUUCAGUGUCUCAUGUUCGCCCAUCCUAUACUGGUGUAUUCAGCCAAGAGAAGAGAUUGUCUCAGCUCAAUCCAUUCAUUGACAAUAACUUCAGACAACUAAAUUACCAAGCGUUAGAAGAAGUCGAGGGCUGCCUCAUUAUUCGCAUUCCGGAGCCUUUGACAUUCACAAACGCUAGUGAUUUGAAAGUGAGACUCAAAAGAGUUGAAAUGUUUGGCUCUACCAGAGCACACCCUGCGCAGAAAAGAAGCAGAGACUCCUCCAUGACCAAGUACAUUAUUUUCGACCUCGAGGGAAUGUCGCAAAUAGACUCUUCGGCUGCCCGUAUAUUGGUGACUUUGUUAGAAACAUACGAGCGUCGACACAUUCGUUGCUUCUUUGUUCACGUUAACAAGAGCCCUCGUCUUCGCGCCAGAUUGAUGGCAACGGGGAUAACAGAUAUGCUUUUUGAUAACUUGCGUUCUAUCAACUACGAAAGCUUCAUGAGACCCAGAGAAGUUCACCUUGAAACUUCGCAAGGCACUUCCGACGGAUAUGCGAGCGAUUCCUCUGAGGCUCGAUCGACGCAAUACCUACCGUAUUUUGACCACAUUAGAGACGCCCUCGAAUUAAUCGACGCCUACGAGUUACAGCAGUCUCCCAACGAGGACGUUUGA